AAACGUGUAUUAUUUCUUUUAAUAUCUACUUAUAAUGAUCAACAUUACAAGAUGACUCGUAACAUUAUCAUUGGUUGAUUCGUUGAUAUAAAUAGUCCUCCGCUAUCUUCGUAUCUCCGACUGCCCCUCACUAAAAGUACAAGCUGGGAGAUGUUUUCUCAUUGGUGCACAGCUGCAGUGAGGGGAUGAGGGGGCGAGUCCUGUGCUGAGGGUAUGCAAAAUAUUCCCGAUAGCCGGGUGUGGACUGUCUGGCAUAUUGAGUAAUGUUGGGACGGCGCCUGGCCUCACUUGUCGCUUCCUGCUGCUCCUGGCAGUGAGGUCCCAGCUCUUGUGGUGGUAGUGCGCGGUGCCAGCGAGUGUGCCUACGCCAAGUGAAGCAUGAAGACAGAGGACACUGUCGCCCGGAGGACACACCACCAGGACAUGGGUUUCGUUGAUCCCUUGCGGACUGGCCAGAGUUCGCUCACCACACACCAUGAUCACUUUCAGGAGGGAACCGCGGCUCCUCAACAUAAUGUUGCUGCAAGGGCACUUUCAGGCCUCGGUGGGCGUAGUGGCGCCGCGGCGGGAGUGUUAGUAAUGGUGUAUGGAUCGGCAGAAACUUGUGCAAGGACUCAAUGUGGAUUAACUUUCAUGCCAUUCAUGUCUCUCAAGGCCCGCCAGCGCCGGCAGUCCCAGAGCAGAAUGGACAAAGAUGGAACUCUGGACAUCAGCUUUGAUGAAUGGAGAGACUAUCUUCUAUUCCAUCCAUCUGCCAAUCUUCAUGACAUCAUCCAGUAUUGGAGACAUGCUACAAACCUUGACAUUGGAGAGGACCUGUCAGUCCCAGAUGACUUCUCUCUGGAGGAAUGGUUGUCUGGGAAGUGGUGGAGACAUCUGGUAGCUGGUGGAGUAGCUGGAAUGGUCUCAAGAACUUGCACUGCACCUCUUGACCGGCUCAAAGUCUAUCUUCAGGUCCAUGGCAGCAAGCACUCCAGCCUGGUUUCCUGCUUCAAGUAUUUCCUGAAGGAGGGAGGCGUCAGGUCCCUGUGGCGAGGCAAUGGUAUCAACGUCCUCAAGAUUGCACCAGAGUCUGCCAUCAAGUUUGCAGCCUAUGAGCAGGCCAAGCGCAUGGUCCUGCAGUUUGGGGGAAGCAAGGAGCGGGAGCUGACCAUCUUUGAGCGUUUUGUAGCAGGGUCCUUUGCUGGUGGGAUUUCUCAGUCUACAAUAUAUCCUCUUGAAGUUCUCAAAACAAGAUUAACCUUAAGAAAAACAGGCCAGUAUAAAAAUGCAGUUGAUGCUGCAAAAAAAAUCUACAAGAAUGAAGGUUUGAGAUCAUUCUACAGAGGGUACAUACCAAACCUCCUCGGAAUCAUACCAUAUGCUGGUAUUGAUCUGGCAAUAUAUGAGACUCUAAAGAAGACAUACAUUGAGCACCAUGCUGGUGAUGUCAACCCUUCAGUGUUUGUCAUCACAGCCUGUGGAGCAAUGUCAUCAUCAUGUGGCCAGAUUGCAUCAUACCCCCUUGCCCUUGUACGAACGAGACUACAAGCUCAGGUGAUAGCUCCGGGCGUGGUGCACCCUGUUCCAGUCACUAUGGUGGGACUGUUCAAGCACAUCUUUGCCACUGAGGGUAUAAUUGGUCUGUACCGAGGCAUUACUCCAAACUUCAUGAAGGUGGCACCGGCUGUCAGCAUUUCAUAUGUGGUCUAUGAAAAGUGUCGGCAAGCACUAGGGGUUUCCAUGACAUGAGGUAAAUCAGCUGUUAUGCAUUAUUGCCAUAUUAAUGCUACCUAUGUAAUUUAUGUUUCCCUUUCAUUUGUAGAUAUGUUUAUGAAUUGGUAAUGUGUUGAAUUUUGCCUUUGUAAAGUGGGGGAGUAUGAAAAAUGGUGAGUGCUGCCAGUCACCCUACGUGUGUACAUACAGUGUAGCUUGUAUUGAAAUUGUAUUCCUGAUUGAUACUUUCCAUUAUAGUAGACUUCCUUUAGUACUGAAAUUUCAAAGUUUCUAUUAAAACUAAGGCUUUUGAUAAGAUUAUGCAAUAUUUUAAGUGUAAAACAAUCCUUCAUCAUAAUGCACUAUUAUACUAACAUAAUUAUUAUGGUGCAAUAUAAUAGUUUUUACUGAAUUUUCUCCUGGAUGAAUGAUUGAUGUGCAAGUGAUGCCAUGUAUUAAAUGUGUGCUUAGUGUGUGAGGUGCAUGUAGCUGAUGGCAGGUGAAUGAAUGCUUCUCUUUGCCAUGUGAUAAUUGACUUUACUCAACUCUUUACCUUUGUGUCAUUUAAUGUAACAAGAUAGUUGUGUCAGUGUAAGGUGGAGUUGUGCCCCUCACUGGACAGAGAACCAUAUAACAAUUACUCUUCCUUGUUACAUACUAUUCCCUCUAUCCAUAGCCUUGAAUGGGCUGUGUAAGUUUUCAUGUUAUCAGCUUUGUACAUUUAAUUACAUUUCAUUUCAUUUUUGCAGACUCAUACAUACUAAUACAUGCAAGCCUAGAAAUUUUAUACUAUCGCUUGUAUUCAAUGAUCAUAUAGGUAGAUGAUGAUACACAGCUUGUACCUCUGUUGCUGUGAAAUGGUUGUUGUAGUUGGCUCACUCUUCUUGCUAGCAUGCCACAGCACUUCAGUAGAGGGCCUUUUGAGCUCCAGUUAUUGUUUUCCUUCUCAGUAUCAACACGUGUCAGUGACUGAUAACAGUUAUGUUUUCACUUGUGAAUUUUUAGUUUUCUCUUAAUUUCAGGCUCAAAAUAUCACAAUUUUAUAUUUCUCAGCAAUAUUACUCACCCUCCUUAGUGUACGGUCACAUCAUGCAUUUAAUGUUCUGACUGAAAUGGAAGUAGUUGGCUUCUUCAUAGUAAGGAAGGAGCCAAUUGUGGCAAGUUUUGUAAGAUUGUGACAACUAGGAAUUACUUUUCAGGUGAUUCAAUGCCAUAGUAAUUGUGUGUGUGUGUGUGUGUGUGUGUGUGUGUGUGUGUGUGUGUGUGUGUGUGUGUGUGUGUGUGUGUGUGUGUGUGUGUGUGUGUGUGUGUGUGUGCAUCAGAAAGAGAGAGAGAGAGAGAGAGAGAGAGAGAGAGAGAGAGAGAGAGAGAGAGAGAGAGAGAGAGAGAGAGAGAGAGAGAGAGAGAGAGAGAGAGAGAGAGAGAGAGAGAGGAGGAUAGGCAUCACUGUUAUUCUUGCCUAGAUUUGUCUUGUUGGCUGCAGUAUUGCAUCACAAUAGUCCUGCAUCCAUUCAGGCAUUCCAGUGAAGAUUAUGAAGUUUUUGGGUCUCAAGAGUCGGUCUUUCUUUAGGUACCUCCUACUUUUCUAGCCGGACUGGAAGAGAUUUUAAAUAGUAAGUUUCAAGUAGGAGAUUGCUAGCUUUCAUUUUCUAUAAUAUAAUUUUUAUAUUCUGAGUACUGUCAUAACAGGUGUUUGAAUGGACAAACAGUUUAUCUAUAUGUUGUAUGAAACAUUGCUUUUUUAUGUAGCUUACACAUUUCUUUGGAAGGAUGCCUUUGUAAAAUAAUCAUAGUCAUUUAUUGUCAUACAUAUUCUGUUGUCCCAUGAAGCAUUGAGUGUAACACAUGGACAGGUGCCAAGUCAGAAUAUAGGAAAUAUUUCAACUUUUGAACCAAUAAAGAUGUUUGAUUCACACUGGAAUUGCAAAGCUUUUGUAGUUACUUGCUUUAUCCUUAAAAGAAAAAUGGUUUUCAUUCAACACUGUAUAAGUGGUAGAGGUAGAGAGACUUAAUUUCAGUUUAUAUUAGAGAACUGGGUGCAGGUACUAACACAACUGGGGAAGGUAACACUUGUCCAUGUGUGACAUUCGGUGUCUUAUAUGUUGUGCCUGGAAGUUGAGCAUCCACUGUAAUGCUAAUGUUUAAUACCAAAGAGAAUCAUAAUCAGCUUCAUGUACGUAUAUUUUAAAAUUUUUUGAAGGAGCUUGAUCAGUGUUGUAGGUUUUGAAGAGACAUCAGUUGAUGAUGCAUGCUAAGUGUGACAGUGGCAGCAUUGCAAAGAUAUGUGACAUACUCACUUCAGGUGGAAAGUUACACUAUGAAAUGAAAGGGAUAUAAUUGAUUUAGGUUAUUCUCAGUAUUCACUUGUACAAUUUGUAUUUAUUUUUGGUCCAGUUUUCUCAUUGAUUUACUCCUGCUAUCUUCACUUCUGGCUCUUUGCUUCAUUCUACAUAUUACAUCUUUUUUUACUGUUCAUGUCAUAAGAUCAAGAUCAUCAGAUCAAGACAUAAAUGGAACAUAAUUGGCCUAUCUUUUUAGGAAAUAUUUGUUCAUUUUUUUUUUGGGUGGGGGGGGUGGCAGUUUAGUAGGCUUUCUUUCCCCAACUGAUCUUUAGUAGUAGGCAGCAAUACCUAUCUGUUACAGUACUUGAAAACCCUGCCAGUCACGAUAGAUCUUAAAUAUUUAUCCACUUUGUAGUCAAGACUGCACAAAACCCUAAACACAUCAUUAUAAUCUGUCCAGUAUUUGUGUGCCAUCACAUACAGGUCCUGCUCCAUGUCCCACCCAAAUUAGAAGAAAUGUAAACAGUUCUCACACUGACCAUGCAUAAGUUACAAGUUUUCAUGAUAUAUAUAUAUAUAUAUAUAUAUAUAUAUAUAUAUAUAUAUAUAUAUAUAUAUAUAUAUAUAUAUAUAUAUAUAUAUAUAUAUAUAUAUAUAUAUAUAAAGGAAUAAAAAACUAAAUUUAUUUGGUUUGGUACAGUUAUCCUUCAUAGAAACCAAACUUGUGGAUUUGUAGAUUUUAUUUAUUUAUUUUGUUAUUUAUUUAUUUAUUUAUUUUUUUACUUUGGGAUGAAAACUUACAACCAAAUGAUUGCAGAGCCCAUAUUCUACUGUACAUACAUUUUUGUGCCUUUUUUUUUUUCUCUCUCUCUCUACUAUGCAUUCUCAUUUAAUGCUAAUAGUCUUCAUUCAAACAGUGGUUGCAGUUCAAGUUUUGGUGUUUAGAAGCAAUUUGGUUGUUGAAGUGUAACUUGCUUGGAGGACAUGUUUCUCUUAUCAAAGUAUUUCUUUGCAUUUUGUUGGUGUGAUUUAUAUUAAUAAACAUGGUUUGAUCAUAAGUGAUAAUUGAUGGUAGAUGUGAAAAAAUCCUAGAGAAGAGACCAGUAAAAAUAUUUUAUCAGUUUGUAUUUAUUUUCUUCUAUACAAGUGGGCCUUUCUCACACAUGCUGGAUAGCAUUCAAGGAAAAGCAGAACAAAGGAAUCAAAACCAGUGAAAAAAGUAAAAAGCAAAUAAAUAUUAAUUGAAAAGUUAAAUUUAUUGCUCUAACCUUAGACACCUUGAGUCCUAUCCGUCCAUAUAGGAGAAAACAUUUUCUUCAAGAUAUUUGACCUCCUUCUUCUAUCCUGCUCAGCUUGUUACUGCGUCAGUUUAUUGCUCAUUACUAGUUUUUCAAAGUAGAGGAUGAAGCAAUAGAAACUAUUCACAAAUAACAAUUUAUGAUGAGAUAGAAAUACAGAUUCUGCUGGAAAAAAAAAAAAUGGAGUGCUUUUAGGAAACAAGCUAUAGGGAAGAGAUAUCUUAUACUAUCACUAAAGAGAAGGGUUUGUAACCAUUGCAUUCUGUCAUUUGUUACAAGUCAAUCAGAAACCUUAGAUCUUUAAAAAGUUUCAGAUUGAAAACUUCAGUGUUUCAAGGGGGUGGAGAAAAUUAAGCUUCCUGUAAUAUUGAGAAGAGAAUGUUGCAGAUUUAGAAUAGGACCAAAAACUGAAGAUAUCUUAACUACAGUUAUUCAGUCAGUACUUGAAUACCAUCAGUGAAUGACAUGAUGGCUUUGACAGUCUUGACUACAACUAAUAAAGAUAGUGGACAUCAACAGGACAAGUCACAUGCGAGACAAAUGGACAACUAUUGGAAUGGAGUGACAACAUAGGUGGCAAAAGAAGGCAGGGCAGAGAGAGAACUGACACAGUCACUAAAGAUGAUUAGAGAAGAUUAGUAGUCUCACAGUGGAAUCAUAGAGGCUGAUGAAUGAGACCAAUUACAAUAUUACAAGAACAAAGUGGAAAAGAUUAACAACUAGUUUUGACCUCCACUCUAAUAAAUAACUGGUUUUGCUGUUAUAAAAUCCAGGCAUGCUCCAACAUUAAGUUUGAGUGACCUUUAUUGCAAACUUAUUAUUUAAAUGAAUUUCAGUCAUGAAUGAUGUGAACUUUGUUUGCCAUGAUGCAUAAGAAAAAUGUAUUUGUUCAGAGAUGAGUGAGAGCUGCAUUAGGUAGAUUGUUUAGUUGUAAGUUAUAUGAAUGAAUGAUCCUACUAUAGUUCCAUCAUUGUAAUCUAAAUUACACUACACCCAUGCACUUCAUGUAGGUCCUUAAGCUGAAUGGAUUGACAUUAAAUCUACUUCAAUAAUGUUUAUUUUAGAUAGUAAUUGGUGUUAUGGACAAAUAAAAUAAUAAGUAUUGAACUGUGAUAUAUUCUAAAAUCUAUCAAUUCAUUAUUUGGGACUAUAGGGAAGGGUGCUAAAUGCCUGCAAAAGGCAUCAGAGUGUUGUUAUGUGUGGUACUGUUGUUUUUAUUCCACAAAAUGAAAACUAUCAUUUUAUUGUCCUCUAAUAGGUGUUUGUCACAAGAUAACAUUUUAUGUGAAACUCAAAAAUUGAUCAGCCAGAACUGAUCCUUGAGAAAUGAACAAGUGUGUCACACAUUGCUGGGAUUUGAACUGCAGCACAGCACAUACAAGGUGUUUGCACAAUCAAAUAAAUCCUAAGUGACUACCAGUGACUUGAGUAGAGUUUCUUAACAUGUAUUUCCUGUCACUGUAUCGCCGCUUUUUUCCCUUUCUUGAAGUUUUGAUAUCAUGAUGUGAAAGCAAGAGAUGCAGCAACAGGAAGACAUAGAUGACUAUCCUAUGUUUGAUCCAAGUAGUUCAUUUACUGCAGAUCAUCACUAGUACCAGCAUUUGCUGUGAAACACUGAUGGAUUGAUCUGAUGGUGACAAGCUGUGAGAGGGAAACAAAGAAUUGGGAAGUGGCUUGUAUCUGAACACUGGCAUGGCAGAUAAGACACAAUCAUGAUUGUAUGAAGUCAUGAGUGAUAAUUAAUGGUGUAAUGAAAGUCUUUUAGUGUUUUUCCUGUUUGAGUUAUCCCCAUUAUUUAUCUUUAUUGUAGCAAUCACUCUUUUUCUCAGAUUAUAAGUGUAUCAUUUCUAUAGCAGGAGCUGGGAGGCCUUACUAAGAGUAUGAAUUUCUGAGAGUAGAAGCAUAUUUGAAGUACAAUGGGAAAGUAAGAACAUUCUGAAAUUUGAGUGACUGUCUCCCAAGAAAGUUUAUUUAAUCAAACAGGAGGAAUUAGAAGCACAUUAGCUUAACUUCUUUAUGUAAACAUAAAACUUGAGUAAGAAAAAAAACGAUCAAAUAACAGCAUAAUACAAAUACUUGGAGGUUGCAAUACAUGUGUGGCAGCUCGGGCUUUACUACAGUGUGAAUGUAAAGCAGCACUGGCACCUAAGCAUAUUACUCUUUUCAUGAAUGGUAUGACUGUGAAUCACAUAAUUGGAAUUCACAUCUAUUUAUAUAUGCACCAUGCCAAGAUCCCCUUUAUAUGAGAUAGGAAUAAUGAUAGACAGACUUCUUAGUUCUCUUGUAUUGUCUGUUCCUUCAAAUUGCCUUUCACAAAGCAUGGAAAAAGCAGUAGCAGUAUUCUUCCAAUCCAGUGGUGACCUUCCAUGCCAGAAUAUGCAUUUAAAAAUAACCUGCUUGUAAUGUUAUCUAGAAAUGUGUUUAUAAGAACCACUACUGAAUAAUAAAACAAGACUAUACUGCA